AUGGUAACAUCAUCCGGAAACCCCUUCGGGCACGGAAUUCCUUCACGAGAAGGUAGUCCCAUCCAACUUGUUAGAUAUGAGAAAAAUGGUUCUGAUGAAUUUGGAAAGAUUUGUGUCGUGCCCGAAGCUUUGAAAAUAUUACAACGGAUAAAAGAGCCCGUAGCAGUAAUAGCUGUCGUCGGCUCGUACAGAAGAGGAAAGUCAUGGUUCGCUAAUGCAUUACAUGGUCGGCAUGAUGGAUUUGAACUCGGAGCGCAAGUUAACGGCUGUACAAGGGGUAUCUACAUGUGGGAUACACCUUUUAUUUACGAAGGCAAAAGAGUUAUUGUGCUCGAUACCGAAGGCAUCGAUGACCCGAAACAGGAGGCGGAAUGGGCAACCAAGCUGUUCAUUCUUUGCCUUGUGCUUUCGUCGACUUUUAUCUACAAUAUAAACGGGGUGGUAGGAAGUGGCGACAUUGGCAAGUUGUUUUUAAUGCGGGAUUUAUCCAGAUAUAUCCAACCUCCAGAGGAUAGCAAGUACCUACCCCAUCUAGUAAUCCUGCUUAGAGAUUUUAGCCUAGAAAAACCAGAUUCGUUAAAAACAUACUUCUUGGAUAACUUAGCAAGAACCAGUCGCGAAGCUGCUGAAGGCAUUAAAAAAUCAUUCAAAGAAUUCAGUGUCUUUGCUUUACCUCACCCAGGAGUCGGAGGCAAGCGCCUUCAACAGAUGCAAGCAGUCAGCACAACCGAUCUUGAUGAUGAAUUU